CUUUUUACGCCCUCCUCUCUGUUCCCACAUUCAUUCAGGUGAGGAAGCGACAUUGACAAACAAGCAACACACUGCAACGACGACGUCACUAUGAGCAGCACAAAAGACAACAACUCCUCGACGGAAGACCCUGUCUCCACUGUGGAGCGCGGUGUAAAGAAGGUUGUCAAGCAGCGCGAGGGGCCAAAAACGAGCCAACUCGGUCGCAACCAUUUUGUUGCGGCAUUCACGCUCACGAAAGUGCCGUCAAACUCCGUUGCUGGUAAAACCAAGAGCACUGCGGCUCUGGGAAUUAUGCACGCCGAGAAGAUGCUAAAGGCACGAAAGGUUGCUUUGGCACUGUGUUCACAGCAUCCUUGCCUCCGCACUGAGGAGCAAGAUGAUCAUCCCAAGAAAGGCAGCCAUCGUUUCAUGGAAAGUCCUGUCCCACCCGGAGUCACGGCUGUUCGAGAAGAAGACGACGACAAGGAAACGGAUGACGACGACUACGACGACAAACAACCUCUGUUUGACGACAGCCACCGCAACAACCAACGUCGUGUCCUCUUGGUGACCCCUGAGUCGCGCAUCCAGGUAGCUGCCAGUUUGCAAGCAUUCCGUCGUGUUAACUCCACUCGAUCUAUCGAUUCCAUCUCCACCAAAGCUACUGUCACCAGUCGUCGCGGCUUCUUGGUGCGAGAAGCAUCUCUUCGUUCCCAGUUUUCGGCCGUCUCCAACACUUCCUCCACCUGCGAAUUGGCUCUGUACAACACCCACAACAGCAACACGACCAAGAGCAAGAACCGUGAUGAGUAUGAAGAAGAAGGCCGUCUCAAGAAUUACCAGCCCACUGCCAGCAUCUUUGGCGACCAAGGCAAGUUCGCGCUUCCCUGCAUUCCACGUCGCACGGGUGUCGGCAGUGAAGGCCGCAAGAUUCGACGAGGUGUCUCCCCCAAGAACUCGUGGUAUCGUCCCAUGCUUCCUCCGGCCCGGCCAAACAAUCCCGUCUUGAAGGAAAUGGAGAAUGGCGAUCGGCUGACUCCUUCCCGUGCCAGCUUCUGAACAAACAUGAAAAAACAAUGGCAAAAACAAACGCAACAACAAUCGCAGCAAGGGAAUCAAAUCCAAAAAGUGCAUGAAAACAGUCUCACAACAACAAGGUCGCAAUGCAAUGAUGGAGUCCCGCGAAGCGAACAUGGGCAACCAAGCAAAAGUAGCCAAGAAUAAUCUCACCGUAGCCAAUGCAUCUUCUGGAUGGCAUAGACUUCUCUUUAUACUAUUC